AUGAUUAAGUGGCUGGGGCCGCAGUCAAGCUCUCAAGUUGCUAGUAUUAAAACGGCAAACGCUGGGAACCGGGAACGAGCCGUGUCGAAGGCAUGGGAAAGAAUAGAUAGCUUUUACGGCAGCCCAGAAAGAGUCGAACACGCUCUUAAACAGAAACUAAAUAACUUACCAAGGCUAACCUAUAAGGAUAAAGCCAAAUUCUUCGAACUCUCUGAUACGCUUAAUGAAAUUAUGGCUGUAAAAGAUGAUGAAAGAUACAGCGCCCUCCUUGGGUACUUCGACACAUCAUUAGGUGUAAACCCUGUUAUCCAGAAACUGCCUGCCAACCUCCAGAAUAAAUGGCGCGAUAGGGCUGUAACGUUCAAGCGCACCCACAAUGUGACGUUUCCGCCCUUCUCAUACUUCUGUACCUUUAUCCAAGAGUUGGCAGCAACUUUGAACGACCCAGGAUUUGAUUACAUAUCUACUGGAAAUACUGACACCAACACCCCAGCUUCACAUGGCAAUGGGAAGAGAUCCCAUAUAUCCGUACGUAAGACGGCCGUCUCAGGUACUGAUCACCAACAAGAUAAACCUAGGUGUUUGAUUCAUAACGCAGGACAUUCAACAAAUGAUUGCAGAUCAUUCAAAGCGAAACCCAUUAGCGAACGCAGAGAUUUACUGAGGAAACAUGGAAAGUGUUUCAAGUGCUGUGAUGGGAAACAUAGGAAACAAGAUUGUAAGGAAUCGGUCAAGUGUGACAUUUGUAAAAGUGUAGAUCAUGCGACAGGAAUGCAUUUUGACCGCAGUUCAUUGGCGCCUCAGAAUCAUGGCGGGGAGGAGAAAAUAAACACAAAAUGUACUGAAAUUUGUGGAAAGUAUUUUGAGGGAAAAUCAUGUGCAAAGAUAGUUCUUGUAACUGUACGUCACGAGGCCAGUAACCAAGAUCCUACACUAGCUUACGCAAUUCUGGACGAGCAGAGUAAUAGGACACUGGGUAGAAAAGAACUCUUUGAUACUUUUGAUCCUCAUUCAGCACCAGAGAACUAUCUUUUAUCUACGUGCAGUGGUAAGGUGGAAACAAGCGGUAGACGUUCCACUGGAUUUAUUAAAGAGUCCAUAGAUGGCACUGCUUCACUGAAACUGCCAAAUGUUAUUGAGUGUGAUGCUAUCCCCAACAACAGGGAGGAAAUACCCACACCGGAAGUGGCCACCAACUACCAACAUUUGGUGGAUAUUUCAGACUGUAUUCCACCUCUGGCUGUCAACGCUGAAAUCCUACUUCUAAUCGGCAGAGACCUGCUGAUUGCCCACCACGUAUUAGAACAGAAGGUCGGACCUCCGGAACAACCAUACGCUCAGCGACUCCAUCUCGGAUGGGUAAUCGUCGGGGAGUCUUGUUUAAAUGGACUUCAUGCACCUACAUCUAAAGCAAACGUCCUGAAAACAUUAUUAAAUCCUACAACAGGACCAGACUCAAUCUUAAGGCCGUGUGACAGUAAGAUCUGUGUUUCUGACAUUUUCCAUCGUACUGAAAGGGACAACAAACCGGGAAGGUCUGUGGAAGAUAAAAACUUCUUGUCUUUGAUGGAAGACCAGAUGAAAAAGCAUAAAACGGGUCAAUGGAUUGCACCACUUCCUUUUAAGGAAAACAGAUCGCGCCUGCCAAACAAUAAAAAACAAGCCAUGGAUCGAGCCAAAAGCCUCGAUGAAAGCUUGCGUCGUAACCCUGUCAAAAGAGAACAUUUCCUGGAGUUCAUGGAAGGCCUGAUUAAUUCUGGCCACGCGGAACCAGCUGCGUCACUUAAUCCGGAAGAGGAAUGCUGGUACUUACCUUUGUUUGGGGUAUACCACCCACAGAAAAAAGACAGAAUCAGAGGUGUUUUCGACUCCUCGGCAAAGCUUCAAGGAACAUCUUUGAAUAACAUUUUAAUGUCGGGGCCAGACCUGAUCAACAGUCUCAUCGGGGUCCUUAUGCGGUUUCGGAAAGAAACGGUGGCAAUCACAGCGGACGUGCAACAGAUGUUCUACUGCUUUUUGGUACAUCCAGACCAUUGCAGAUACUUACGCUUCAUUUGGCACGAAAACAAUGAUUUGAACCAACCUUUAGUAGACUAUCAAAUGAAAGUCCAUGUGUUCGGGAACAGUCCGUCGCCGGCUGUGGCCACUUUCGGAUUGAGGAAAACCGCCGAUGCCGCUGAACAAAAAUACGGUACGGACGUCAAACACUUCAUUCAUCGCAAUUUUUAUGUAGACGAUGCGUUAUCCUCCGUUGCUUCUGUAGAGGAAGCCAUUGACCUCAUGAGUCGUACAUGUGCUGCACUCAAGGAGUUUGGCGAUCUCCGCUUACAUAAGAUAGCUUCCAAUUCAACUGAGGUGCUGCACGCUUUCAACACUGACGAUCUAGCCAAGGAAUUGAAAGACUUGGAACUUGGAACAGAGGUACUUCCAUCACAACGCAGCUUAGGAAUACGCUGGGAUCUCCAAUCCGAUGAGUUUACGUUUCAUGUAGAACCUGAAGAAAAACCCUUCACCAGACGAUUUGUCCUUUCUUGUGUUAACAGCAUAUUUGAUCCUUUAGGUUUUCUUGCACCAGUUACAAUAGCUGGAAAGGCAAUUCUUCGCGAAGCAAUGUCCGAUGGAGCAGAUUGGGAUGAGCCAUUACGAGCGGAUUGUCUGCACAAAUGGGAACAAUGGAAGCUGUCAUUGCAACAUUUACAAAAUGUGAGGAUCCCACGUACUUACGGCAACAUGUCUAUGAGCAAGACUGUAAAAAAAGAACUUUGUAUUUUCUCUGACGCCUCGGAAAAGGCGAUUGCUGCUGUUGUCUACAUCAGGCUCACUGACUCAAAUGGGUCUCAACGCCUUGGAUUUGUGCUAGGAAAGGCAAAAUUGGCACCCAAACACGGGCAUACUAUUCCAAGGUUGGAAUUGUGUGGCGCCGUUUUGGCCACAGAACUGUACGACACCAUUCGCGAUGAGAUGGACAUAGAAUUUGAUCGUAAGCAGUCGCCCCGAAGACUGGACUACGUCUGUUCAAAACUCAAUCCCGCAGAUGAGGCCACUCGGUCAGUGCCUGCGGAUCGCCUCCAGAAUUGUAUGUGGCUCAACGGACCGUCUCAUAUCCUCAUAGAUGAACCUGACUUGGGAGAGGACACUGAUUAUCCUCUGGUCAGCCCCGAGGAGGAUAUCGAAAUACGUACCUGCAAAACCGAGGUUGAGGAAACUUCAGAACAAAGAUUCGACAGUAGCAGAUUCAGCUACUUCUCUUCUUGGUACCGCCUUGUUAGGGCUAUCACCAAUGUGAAACACCUCGCUACUAGAUGGACAAGGACCAUUAAGGGCCAGGAUUCCAACCAUUCUGCUACGCAUGACUCUAAUUUAGUCAAACGGUCUGAACAGUUCAUUGUGAAAGUUGUUCAGAGUGAAGCUUUCCAUAAGGAGAUACAAUCGCUCAGCCACGGAAAGAACAUUCCGAGAAAUAGCUCAAUUCUCAACUUGGAUCCAUACCUUGAUGACGAUGGUCUUCUUCGUGUUGGGGGACGCCUGAAGAAUUCCAACCUUCUGAAGUGUCAAAAGAACCCAAUAAUCUUGCCCAAGGCACAUCACGUGUCUAAACUCAUUGUUGCGCACUAUCACCAAGAGGUUAAGCACCAGGGUCGAUUUUUCACUGAAGGCGCAAUUCGCACUGCUGGCUAUUGGAUAGUUGGAUGCCGUCGCUUAGUCAACACUCAUCUUCGUAAUUGUGUACGUUGCUUGAAGUUGCGUGGAAAGCAGCAGUGUCCUAAAAUGGCAGACUUACCUCCAGAGCGGCUGGAUCUUGCACCGCCCUUCACAUAUGUUGGAAUAGACGUUUUUGGACCGUGGACUGUGGUAACGCGAAGAACUCGUGGUGGUCAAGCACAUUCCAAGAGAUGGGCUGUAAUCUUCACGUGCCUUGUAAUACGCGCGGUGCACAUUGAAGUCAUCGAAGAGAUGACAACCUCAAGUUUCAUAAACGCUCUGCGUCGGUUUACCGCGCUUCGUGGUGAAGUAAAAUUCUUACGUUCAGACUGCGGAUCAAACUUCAUCGGAGCAGCAAAAGAACUCAAUGCUACAGUUAUCUAUGUUGAAGAGCCAAACUUACAAAGCUUCCUGACAAGAAAGGGUAUCACGUGGAGGUUUAACCCCCCACAUUCCUCACACAUGGGGGGUGUCUGGGAGAGACUGAUUGGCAUCAGUCGGAGGAUUCUGGAUUCACUGCUGUUGGACGUGCAAAGUAAGAACUUAACACACGAAGUUCUUGUAACCUUUAUGGCCGAGGUUUGUUCGAUUAUUAAUUCGAGACCAAUAGCAGGUGUAUCUGCCGAUCCAAUGUCUCCAAUGCCUUUGACACCCAACACGCUUUUGAGUUUGAAAACUACUCACACGGUAGAUUUCGAAACCGUCCAGGGUUUCACUCUCAAGGACAUUUACAAAACACACUGGAGGUGUGUGCAAUUUCUAGCAAAUCGCUAUUGGAAAAGAUGGCAAACAGAAUAUUUGUCUAACUUGCAAGAGAGAAGAAAGUGGAGAGAAGACAGUAAGAAUCUCCAGGAAGGCGAUGUGGUGCUGAUGCAUGAUAAAGCGGUUCACAGGAACGAGUGGCCCAUGGGCAUUGUAAAAAGGGCCAUACCUAGUGAGGAUGGCCGUGUAAGGAAGAUUGAAAUUUGCGUGGGAGCCGAUAAUAAGGUGUAUUCGAGACCAGCCUGCGAAGUUGUGCUUCUUGUGUCCAAGAACUGA